AUGCCGCCGCAUUCAGGUUGUCGCUAUAUGGCAGGCGGACGCCCGGCUUAUCUCCCUCGUCUCCAGACCGGCCUUCAUAUUCAUCUCAUCGACACCGUUUCUCGAUCCACUCUCACCCAGACCUUUGUCAAUCCACGCAAAGAUGAGCCAGUUGACGGGAUUGAAUACGUAUUCCCGCUAGCCGGCGGAGUUUCCGUGGUUGCCUUCACAUGCACCCUCGCCGACCGCACCAUCCAUGGCGUUGUCAAGGAGCGCGAACGGGCCAGGUCGGAUUACUUGGCAGCCAAGAGCAAGGGAAAGACUGCUGGUCUCAUCCAACAAUCUCUCCGUGCGUCAGAUGUCUGGACAGCCAGUAUCGGGAACAUCCCAGCUGGAGAGGCGGUCACCGUUGAAAUCACCUAUCUCAGCGAGCUGAAGCAUGAUGCCGAGAUCGAUGGAGUGCGGCUUACCAUUCCAACGUAUAUUGCGCCGCGAUAUGGGAACCAAGGAGGUUCCGAAGGCACAGGCUCUGCCGUCAAUGAAGAGGGUCUGUGCAUUACUUUAGAUGCGGAGAUGCCUCCUGGAUCAUCAAUAACCACUGUCCAGUCACCUAGCCAUCCAAUUUCUGUCAACGUUGGGAAAAUCUCCACUGAUAAAGAGUCACAACCUUCUCUGAACAGAGCCUCUGCUGUUCUCUCGACUCCGUUGGCAGGAUUCAUAGAGAAGGAUUGUGUUUUCGAGGUAAUAGCAACUAAUCUCGGCGAGCCCGUUGCUUUCUUGGAGACACACGCUUCUAUCCCCAACCAGCGUGCCUUGAUGGCUACGCUUGUACCGAAAUUCGACCUGCCACCCAACAAGCCUGAGAUUGUAUUCCUCUGUGACCGCAGUGGCAGCAUGGGAGGCAAGAUCCCUGCUCUUGUUGCCUCGCUCAACAUUUUCUUGAAAUCAUUGCCGCUUGGUGUCAAGUUCAAUAUUUGCAGCUUCGGAAGCUCGUUCGACUUUCUGUGGCCAAGGUCCUGUUCAUAUAGCCAAGACACACUCAGCCAGGCGGUUGCUCAUGUCCAAGGUUUCAGCGCCAACUAUGGCGGCACAGAAAUGUAUCAGCCGAUCAAGGCCGUGUUUGAGCGGCGAUAUAGGGAUAUGAGCCUUGCAGUUUUCCUCUUGACGGAUGGCAUGAUAUGGGACCAGGAGCGGCUAUUUAGCCUCAUCAAUAAAGAAGUUGGCGAACCCGGUGCAAACGCUCGCAUCUUCACCCUCGGGGUCGGAUCUGGUGCCAGCACGUCCUUGAUAGAAGGGGUUGCCCAAGCGGGAAAAGGUUUCGCGCAGGCUGUCCUGGACUCCGAAAAAAUGGACAAGAAAGUCAUCAGGAUGCUCAAGGGGGCGCUUCUUCCUCACAUAUCUGAUUAUAGCCUUGAGAUGACGUAUCAAGACGCCAGCGCGCCUCCAGAUGAUGAUUUUGUCGUCAUUGAGAAAGACAUGGAAUCACUCAAUAGACCAGUCGUGGAGGAGGAAAAGGUGAAACCAGUCAUCUCGCUUUACAACAAGAACCUAGAGGGCGAGGAUUCGAGCAGUGAUGAUAGUGGUCCGGCCGCGGUUGACGCCAAGUAUGACCAUCUGCCACCCAUCGAUGUCCCCGCCUAUAUCCAGACCCCGACAGACAUUCCUCCCCUUUAUCCCUUCAGCAGAACAACAAUCUACGUUCUUUUACCGACAUCUUCCCCCGGGCGAAAGCCAAAGUCAGUUCUUCUCAAAGCCACAUGUUCACACGGUCCCCUGGAAGUUGAAAUCCCCAUUAUUCAUCUCCCCGAGCCAUCUACUACGAUUCACCAGCUGGCCGCCCGCAGAGAGAUGAAGGAGCUUGAGGAAGGGCGUGGCUGGCUAGCAAAAGCUAAGAACGCCGAAGGCGAGCUCUUGCGAACCAAACAUGACGGGCGGUUCUCCGACAUAGUUGAGCGAGAAGCAGUACGCAUCGGAAUCCGGUUCCAGGUUGCGGGCAAAUGGACCUCCUUCGUUGUUGUUGAGGAAUCGCCCGAUGGAACGAAGCAGCCCGUAGUUACGGAUGAGGGCUUCGGUCAAUCGCAGCACGCGGAACCAGCUCGGAUAAGUACGAUGCCUCGGAAAUUUCUAGCCCAUUCGCAAACCAAAAAGGGCUAUGAAAUAGGCUAUGAAAUACUUAACAUGGUUGCUGAUGAUGACGAUGAAGGUCUUGAGGACGAGAUUGACGAUGAUCUUGGGGAGCUAGAGGGGCAGGUUAAUAUGAUGAAGAUGGUCGGGCGCUCGAUCGGGCGCGAUGUAGAUGCACAGCAGCGCACGAUUGACCGGAUAACGCAAAAGUCAGAUGCGGUAGAUGAUGCGGUUAGGAUGAAGAGGGAGCGUCUUGCUCGGAUUGAUGGCGGUCCGAUUUCGAGGGAGCAGAAAACGCACUCAUCCACUCCGCUCCAGACCCUUGUCUCUCUGCAGCAGUUUUCUGGUAACUGGGAGUGGUCUCAAGAACUAAGAACAGUUCUUGGCUUCGAUAUCAAAGGCACCGCGGAAACAUCACUCCUCAAACUUAUAGACAAUCACACCGAUGCUGAGACGAUCAUAGCGACCGCUUGCGCACUUACGUUCCUGAAGAAGAGAUUAGGAGAGGAUAAGGAGCUGUGGGAUAUGCUGGCCGAUAAAGCAGAGACCUGGCUACGUGGAAAGGUUGGGGAGAAUGUCGAGGAGUUGUUCAAGGCCGCAGAGAAAGCCAUGGGGUUCUAG